AUGUCUGACGAUUUGAGCAAGUACGGGUCGGCGCUUAACUCAAGUAUCGCAGACACGAAUAGCAAGGUGCAGCAGAUGGACGGAAUCCUGUCCAUCAGCAACCAGGCUAGCGACGCGAACCUGGCUUUACUAUCUCGUGCCGGGUCUGGAACAAGGGAAAGGAGAGGCCUGACUCCGACUCCGGAGGGCCAGGCGGCGAAGUCGCAAUACGAGACGAGCCGAGGGAACUCUUCAGACAACAUUGGGCUGAUGUGGAUGAAGAUUAAUGAUUUGCAAGAAGCGAGCAAGAAGGAUGGAGGCAAGUAA